AGCAUCGUCGUUUAGACAAAAAAAACAUCCCUCUCUAAUGGUUUGCGCCAAAUAGCCCGAAAUUACACCCCAUGCUAAAACCUCUCUCACUCUCUCUCUCGCAUUAUCUCUGCAACUCUAUUCUUUUCAACCCUCUUCUCUGAACUCCUCUCAGUUCAUUUUGAAACGUUUCUUCUCUACACAAAGAAAAACACACAAACCCGUUUCUAGGGUUUCUCUUUCACAAACACCUCUCCUAUAAUCCGCACCACCAAACCUUCUCUCUCUGUCUCACUGUGAUUCCCGCAAACGCCGUCGUUUCAAUCAAAUCGUUCUCCGGCAUUAAUUUCUGCUCCUCCGGUUCUUCCUGCAUUUGCUCAAAUUUCAAGAAACGCCACCGUUUUUUUUUUUUUCUUCUUCUUCUUCUUCUUUUGCCAAUUGAAGCUUGCUCUUAGCUACUCUCUUUUGGAAAAAAAGAAAAAAUAAAUUAUUUCUAGGGUUUUCAAACAGCUCAGAACUUCGACCAGCGUGCCUUGAACUUGGAGUUUCUAUUCAAUUUUGCUCUUUGAAGACUAAUUUAACUAAUUUUCAGAUUGAAGUGGUUUUUCUCUAAGUACUGGAUUGGUGGGAGGUGUGAUGAAUAGUGUUUUCAAUGAGCAGAUUCUUGCUGAUAAACUCUCCAAGGUCAACAGCACCCAGCAGUGCAUUGAAACUUUGUCACAUUGGUGUAUAUUUCACCGGAGCAAAGCAGAACUGGUUGUUUCGACAUGGGAUAAACAGUUCCACUGUUCGCAGAUGGUUCAGAAAGUUCCCCUGUUGUAUCUAGCAAAUGACAUCCUACAAAAUAGUAAACGAAAAGGAAAUGAGUUUGUUACUGAGUUUUGGAAGGUUCUUCCUGCUGCACUCAAAAGCGUUACUGGAACAGGAGAUGAUCAAGGAAAAAAUGUGGUCUCUAGAUUGGUUGCUAUAUGGGAAGAAAGGAGAGUUUUUGGAUCCCGUGCACGGAGCCUCAAAGAUAUAAUGCUUGGAGAGGAAUUGCCUCCACCCUUGGAGUUCAGCAAAAAACGUUCGCGUUCAGUCAGAAUUGUAAAAAGGGAUUCACGCUCUAUUAGAACGAAAUUGUCCAUUGGAGGUACAGCUGAAAAAAUAGUUUCAGCAUUUCACUUGGUGCUCAGUGAACAUCCUAAUGAAGAUGCGGAAAUGAGUAAAUGCAAGUCUGCAGUUCACCGUGUGAGGAGGAUGGAGAAAGAUUUUGAUUUCACCUGUUCUAACGCAAAGGAUCCAAAGCGAAAAACUCUGUCAAAAGAACUUGAGGAGGAGGAAAAUAUUUUGAAACAGUGUAUUGAAAAACUUAAAUCAGUUGAAGCAAGUAGAGUAGCGCUUGUAUCUCAGUUAAAAGAAGCUCUACAUGAACAGGAAUCUGAACUGGAGAAUGUCCGAACUCAGAUGCAGGUAGCUCAGGCACAGGCAGAGGAAGCCAGCAACAUGCGGAAGCGGCUUGAUGAUGAAGAUUAUGUAUCAAAACCAUCCACUGCAACCACUCCAAUUGAUGCAAACUCAAAAGCAGGGCAAACAACUAAGAAGUCAGCUGCAGCCAUUGCAGCUGAGGUUGCAGACAGGCUUGCAGCUUCUAGCUCCUCUCAACUGAUAAUGACUUCUGUUCUCUCUACAUUUGCAGCGGAAGAGGCAAAGAAUGCUGGAUUAGCAAAAGUGUCCACGCCUUCAAAUUCCGAUUCAACGGUAAAACCUGAGAAGUCGUUGCCAGUUUCAGAGCCUAUUGCUUUCUUGUCCACACAGCCGUUUACUACACCGCCAAACCAUUCGUAUCAAUCAGUUUUGGUUCCACAAUCAACAGUGCAGAACCAAGUCCCAACCUCUCAAGCUCAAUAUCAUAUAAUUCCAAACCCAUCUUCCCAACAGUAUUUGCAGCCAUCAGGAGGGAUCAUGACCCCGUAUGGUUAUAAUAGUAUUCCACCCUUACCACCAGGACCGCCACCUCCCCCACCCCAUAUGGUCAGUCCAAUGGUGCCUUUGACUUUGCAAGUAACUCAGCAACCCCCAGCGCCCCCUAGUUUCCGGCCACUUCAGCCUCCUGGGAUGGUAUUCUAUGCUAAUCCUCACCUUUCUCAGUGAAAAAAGUAAACUGAGCUAGGUAAAUAGUUAAUCAUGUUUUCAUACAUGCAUUUUCUUGAGAACUUGGAAAUUUUGUCUGCUCAAAUUGGCUUUUUUGAGAUACACAGGUGAUUUCGCUAUUAACAACCCUUUCAUGGAUGGAUUUAUUGAGAACCUCGAAUUGAUGGCCGAUUCGUGCAAUUCACCACAUCUAGGGUGGCUAGAUCAACUAGCCUAGAUGUACCAAAAAUGACUAGGUUAUUUAAAUAUAUCAUUAAAAUGUAAUGAACAUAAGAGAGAGAGAGAGAAAUUGUUGGGGUCACUCUAGAUUGCAGAAUCAUUGUACAUGUCAUCUUUAAUUUGAGGACCAUUCUUUCUUGCUUGUAAAAGGAAAAAUUAUCUGUAACAAAGUAACAAAUUUGGUCAA